AUUAAAAUUUAAUUAAGAAAGUAAAUACGAUAAUUUAGUGCAAAUUUUAUAUUUAUUUUUUAUGUUUACUUAGUGUGCAUGUGAAAAAAUGGCUCAAUGUACUUUGAGUCCUCAAGAAUUUAUUCAAAAUUCUUUUUCGCCCGUUCUUGGGGCUAUGUGCAGUGACCAAGCCGAACAAAUAUGCAAGAAAAAUAAUUUAAGUUUUGUAGAGCUUGUUCAGCCGUUUUGCAAAAUCAACAAUGACGCGUAUUUUCAAGAUCCUUCAGGAAAUAAAGUAAUUGUGAAGAAUUUAAAAGUGAAUGUGCAAGAUGUUAAUGCGAGACCUCCACAACCAACAUUGGCACGAAAGAUGCUCAAUGAUUCUGUUGCGUCAGGAACAUGUGAUAGAACGUCUACUAUUCAUCUUGGCGAACUUGACUUAGUGCUGCCAUCAUCAUUGCCAUGGUAUGAAUCUUGGAGAGAUAUGUUUUUUCAUGUACAAUUUCCAUCAGAUCAUGAAUUUACAAAACAUUUAAUUGGAUGUUUACUAGUGGUUUCUAGUAAUGAUAAUAAUCCCUUAGAAACAAUUACUCAUAUGAGUCUACAACUGAAUCAAAUGCAAAUUCAAUCACCUUCUAAAUUGCCAAAAUGGUUUAGUACCAAUAUUUUGAGAAUCUAUGUUUUGAUUCAUGAUAAAACAGAUGGUGAAGAGGAGAAGGCACAACGGCACUUUGAAAAUAUGAAACAAUCGUAUGGGGUAAAUCAGUGUUUUUUAUUGCAAAUCAACUCCCGACCUUUUGGACAAGAAUUAAAUGCUCAUUUACCAGAUCCAUGGAAUCAAUUUUUGACGAAAAGGGUUGAUGGACAAGUAAAUGAUACAGGUAGUGAUCAAGAUAGCAGUCCUCGUACACCAGUAGAACCUAUGAGUAUGAUGCCUAAUUCAGUUCAAAUGGAUACACCUAUUGGCACCCCUCAUACUAACAGUUGUCCUUCUAGUGGACCACCAAGUAGUCCGCCCACUCCAUUACCUCAAAGAGCAGCAGCAGUACCUUCUGAAACAGUUUUUAUUCAUCCAUUAAGCCCUGAUAUGGAAACAACAGGUCUUCCAGGAGAUUUAAAUCAGGGUAACGCAUUAUCCACCAGUACUGAUAGUUUGACCGUGAAUGGUGGGUUCAAUAAUAUUGUCAACAAAAAUGUUUGGAAUUCAACUCCAGCUCAAACACAGCAAAUUGUUCAUGGUGCUUGUCUUGAUACAACAGAUUUGGAAGCCUUAAAAUGUUUUGUUCAAGAUUUUGCUGUUCGAGCAUUAAUACCGUAUGCUGAACAGCAUAUAAGCAGUAUUAAUGAUAUAGUGUCAAAUAGAAAAGCUGUUAGUAGAUCAAUAUUUAGUGCUACAAAACGUUGGUUUGGAACUGGUAAACCAGGACAAGCGCCCUCAGCAAAUGCAGUCAUAUAUUCUGCUGAUUCACCCGAACUUCAGUUACGGAGAUUGGCUGACCUAUGUUUUAUGUUUCAACAUUAUGGAAUGGCAUUUCAAGCAUAUCAUUCUGCAAAAAGGGAUUUUAGUGCAGAUCAAGCUUGGUUACAUUAUGCUGGUGCUUUAGAAAUGGCUGCAUUAUCUGCAUUUAUGCAAGGUGAAUCCAAUAGAAAAACAUGUGAUUAUAUGGAAGAAAGCAUUAACAUUUAUUUAAAUUGUUGCAAAAUGCCUCAAUUUGCAACUCGCGCAACAUUACUUAGUUCGGAGUAUUUGAAAUCUAAACAACAAUAUAUUGAAGCUGCUAAACAAUUAAUUCGAAUGACUAGUGAAGAUUCUGAUUUAAGAUCAGCGUUACUGUUAGAAAAGGCAGCUUAUUGCUUUUUAAGUUCUUUAAAGCCUCGAAUGAUAAGGAAAUAUGCAUUUCAUAUUGUACUAGCGGGUCACCGCUAUUCAAAAUCUGGACAAAAGAGGCACUCAUUACGUUGUUAUAAACAGGCUUAUCAGGUUUAUGAAAGUAGGGGAUGGAGACUAGCAGAAGACCACAUAAAUUUUACUAUUGGCAGACUAGCAAUUAAUUUAAAUCAAGGUUCAGAAUCUGUAGAAGCUUUAACAAGGUUGUUGAGGCCAGGUAGUCAACAGAAUGCCUCACAGCAGAGUGCUUUUCUUAAAGAGUUUCUCAUUUCACAUAAUCAAAUUAAGUCGUCUGAAGAACCAUCUGCUAGAUUACCAUUCCUUGCCUUACCAAUCCUCAUAUCAGACAGCACUCAUGUUCUCACUGCUCCUGCACCACCAUUAUCAACACCUGGUCAAGUAUGUGCAAGCGGUACUCCACUGAUUAUAAGUGAGCCUGUUCAAUAUCAACAUUUAUGUGGACCAUCACUCCCAGAAGCUGUGUCAAGUGAUAAACUGUGGUCUAAAUUAGAAGAGAUAUUAGUUCAUCAGGCACAGGGUCAAUUGCCUAUGAUUUUUAAACCUACUAAUAUACUAUUCACAAGGGAGACAAAUAAUACAAGUAAUCCAAUUGCAGUUGUUAGCGAGCCAAUUCGACUUUCUAUUGAACUCCUUAAUCCUUUAUUGAUACCUCUUCCGUUGAGUAACAUCCAGCUACUAUGGUCAUUCACGUUUAACGACCCUCAAAAUCCAUCAAGCCCUGGUACAGUUUGCAAUGAAUCUCUAUUGGCAACUCAGGGCAGUGAGCAUUCAGAAGAUUAUUUGCAGAGUAUUGUUUGUACUCAAUGUGUGGAUUCUAUUGUUUUACCUGUUGAUUGCUGUACUAGGAUCUCAUUGAGUUUAAUACCUUUGCACGUAGGUGAUCUGAAGAUUACAGGAAUUUCUUAUGACUUGUGCAACAAUUCUAUGGGUACAGAUUUAGCACCAGGGAUAACUUUAUCAAGUAGAGGAAAACUGGAAUUUGCAAUCAAGGGUGUAAGACUGAAAAAUGUGAAGGAAAAGAAUGGUGUUCCACAGUAUGCAGUCGAUAAGAGACUAGAUAUUAUUGUUGCACAUGAAGCACCAUCAUUACAAGCGAGAUUUACUAUUCUGCCAGAUGAUAUUCUUGCAGAAGAAUUAUUACCAGUUACAGUAGAACUCUGCAAUGCUGGUACGGUUCCAAUGUGUAACGUAUUUUUGGGAACGCCAACACCUUGGUUGAUUGCUAUUGAGGACAAUAAUACUAGUGAAAUUUCUACUGAACUUAAAGAAAAAUCUGGCAUUAGGGAAUUUAAUGAUGAACCUUAUGAAUAUGAAUCACCAUCACUACGAGAUAAGGAGUCUCGAAAACAGCAUACAAUUCAAAUUCCACUGCCAGAUGCGAAUGGCACUUUGCUACCUGCUCACUCUCAUACUUUUAUUUUAUGGCUUAGAGCUCCAGCAAAUAGAGGACAUCAAAAAGUUCACAUACUAUUUUAUUAUGAAAAUGUAGACCCUAAAGCAAUACCAAGAUAUCGCCUAUUGCGGCACACCUGGAAUGUGACAGUGCAUGAAGCGAUUCAAGUCAAUGCUGUAGCUAAAAGAAGUGAGCGUUUGAACUCUAAACCCAAUUUGUCUGUAAAUAAUAUGGUUAUUGAAAAUGAUAUAAGUGACUGUAAAAAUGUUAAAGACCCUAGUAUAUUACCAAGUUCUUCCAGUGAUAUCUCUAUCAGUAGUGCUAUUGAUAGUUUAAGACCGACCAGUGAAGUUAUUAAUAUUAUGGUUAGAAUUAAAAAUAUAAACGAACCACAUCAUUCAUUAGUAAUUGAACUUAUAACAACUGAAGCUUCAUUAUUAAGUCCUUGUUGGAUUUUGGAGGAUGUGUGUACUGUAGAAGGCGCAAAGCUACAAUCACAGGAGCAGUUCUUCUUAGUGCUUCGGGCACGUCGAUAUCUGAAUAAUAAACCUGGUAAAAAAUAUAUGUCUGAAAUAGCACUAAAUACUCCCGCCGGAGCCAGUCAAACUAGUUGUUCUGAUAGUUUUUCAACAGCUAGCCAAGACUUUAUUAAGAAAUUCCAAACAAAUUACAUUAACAUUUAUGAAACGAUUUCUAUCGGCGAUUUAAAUUCUCAGACUCAAAAAAAUCCAUUGUCCUCAACAGAAAUAAUGAACCCGGCAGAAACAAUAGACAAAUUGAAUUCAUGUCUUGUUCUGAAAUGGAAUUGUGAUAUUUCAGACAAUGCGUCAAACGCGCGAACAGCUUUUGGUCAAAUUUAUUUGAAAUUAGAUAAACUCAAUUGUUCUGUUACGGUGCCUGAAACAAAAGUUAUUAAAAGUAGCAGUGAACAUGCUACAAAUUUGGUUUUAUUUGGACCAGAUAGAACACUAGCUGACAAGACGUCUAGUGUAUUGACUAAUAAAGAUGUUAUGCAAAAAUUACUCAUUCGAUUUGGCCUAAAACAUCCAGCACAAAUCGAGCAUGAUUUUAAAUUGCAGUCUGUGUGUUUGGUGCCGGUACAAAUGCUUGUGAGCAACAACUCGGAUGUGGAAUUGAUGACAACUAUAGACUCUGUAACAAAUACAAGUUCCGGUUCUGGUGUAACUUUUUCAUCAGAUAAAGGCUCCUACAAAUGGGUUGGACUGUCACAAGUGCAAAUCUCGAUAAAACCACAUCAGACACGAGUAGUCGAUCUAACUAUGGCGGCUGGAGCUCCUAGGACAUACGAUCUUGGCACGCAUCUUUCUUUACUGACUACAGUGAAUGGAGUAGUACAUAGGCAGAUUUCACAUGUCAAGAACAUACUAGUCAUCAAACAAUCAAAUUCCGAGGAAGAUGAGAGCAAUGAUUAGCAAUCAAAGUAGUUAGAUUUUUUUUAGAGCGACUCAUCAUCGACUUUGAUAUACGCAAUUGUAUAUUUGCUAGGUAAUAUGUUAUAAAACCUUUUUACAUGU